AUGUUUCUACGAUUCUUAUUGUUCUUGCUGCUCUCAAGGCUAACAUCAUCAUCAACAACUGUAUUGCCGCAGGUGAAGCCUGGCUGCCAAGCCAAUUGUGGUGACAUCGCAAUUACAUACCCAUUCGGUAUAGGUCCCAACGAAAAUGGAUGUUCUCUUAUUGGAGAUGAUUUAUCGUUCUACAACGUCACAUGUGAUACAUCUUAUCACCCUCCAAAACCGUUCUUAUGGCUUGGUACAAAUCUUACUACAGGUAAACAUCAUAUGAUUGAACUCACAAGUAUAGCAGAAAGCGAAUUACGUAUAAGAAUCGCGCCAUUUACAGUUUGUUAUCAAAAUGGAACUGGUGAUGUUCCGGCCUUAGAUGAACCACUAAGUUAUAUGUAUAUGUUAAGCACGCCAUUUACACUGUUCGGGCUCGGUUGUAAUUCCUUAGCUUAUCUGUAUGCUCCUAAGAAGAACCUCAGUGAAGUGUGCUCCACGACAUGUGAAACUAAGGAAAGUAUAACGGAUGGAUCUUGCUCCGGAAGUGGGUGUUGUCAGAUACCGGUACCUGAAGGUAUAAAGUGGUUGAUAAGCCGUACUAACCAGACAUCAAAGACUAAUAUCUCCUUCAGUCCCUGUAGUUAUUCAUUCAUAUCGGAGACGGACAAGUACACAUUUAAGGCUUCGGAUUUAGAUGGGGCAAGUUUUCGUACCAAAGGGAGUAAUAUACCGGUUGUGCUUGAUUGGGCUAUUGGUAAUAAGACUUGCGAAGAAGCACAAAAAGAUCUGUCCACUUUUGCAUGUCAAGGAAGUAGUAAUUGCCACAAUUCAGACAAAACUCCUGGAUAUAUUUGCACUUGCAACGCAGGAUUUGUUGGGAACCCUUAUCUAAGCCCUGGAUGCCAAACUAAGAACUCUUUGUUUUUUCAAUUUCGCAGGGCCUUGCACGUGUUCUUAUGA